AUGGCGAAGAAAAAAUCGAAGGUCGAUCCUCGUCUAACGGCCUUGCAUAAGACGAUCGGAUGGGUAUGGAAGGUGGCAUCGGGUGUGGCAUGUUUGGGAUGCUUGCUUACGGUCAUUGGCGCUUCGACAACAUCUUGGUUGACGGUAGCACCUUACACGGUUCGGUUUAUCCAGAACUUCGCGAUGGUUACAGAUACGGCGCAGGUGAAGAAUUACUUGACGACGUACAUGGGUUUGUUCAUGGUGUACUUCAACGAAGGCGUGGUGAUUGAGCCAUGGUACCAGCGUGUGUCCACUGUGUGUGGUGGAUACACACUGUUGGCCAAAGCCGCGGCUACCAAUGGUCUGAUAUCGCUCUGGGACAAUUCUUGCAACACGGAUUGUUUGGCGCACUAUAAGAUGCGCUGCUCCUACUAUAAGUCGCUCUCCAGUAUCGGGUUCGCCCUCCUGGCGUUGCUCCUAGUCAUCCUGGCCGCCAGCAUCACCAGCCUGUCCUGGCUCUACAUCUUCGGCAAAAGCCCUCAGUUCCUACAACUCUCAUGGCUGGGCGGCGGCAUACUGACCAUUGCCGGCGCCGUCGGCUUCAUCGUCAUCGGCCGCAUGGCCCACAGCGCCCUCAAUUUACAGUCCGUCUAUCCCGCUCUGAACAUGGGCUACUCCUUCUACCUCACCGUUGCCGGAGGCUCCCUACUCGUCCUCGCGGGCCUCCUCAUCGCCUACGCCGCCUACCAAGACCGCCAGGAAGAAAAACGCCUCAAGGAAGAAGCCAUCAUCAAACAAGAAGCAGGCGGAGUCAACUUCAGGCUCCCAGGCGCUAUGAACAGACCCACCUUCCUGCCGCCACCGCGGAUGCCCCAGCUCAAAUGA